AUGUCCUCCGUGCAGGCUUCCCCGCCAGAGAUUCUGUGGCGGCCGAGCCAUCAUGGCACCACACCAAUGGAUAAAUACCGCCAGCAAAUCAACCAAACAUACAAACAGAGACUGUCCAGUUCACAGCAACUUCAACGGUGGUCCAUUACCCAGACACAUGCUUUUUGGACAAAUUUGUACGCUUAUCUUAAUCUCACCCCGCCUUUACCACCCUCGAUGCACAAAGCAUACGACGACACAGUGCCCAUGAGCAGUAACCCACCUUUCUUUCCUGGUCACAGCCUCAACUACGCAGAGAAUGUUCUAUUUGCCAACCCAAAUUCCGAGGACAUUGCUCUCAUCGGCAUUCGAGAGGACCAGGAUAUCUACCAUGACAAGCCUGACACAUUGACCUGGGGUCAGUUUCGCGACGAAGUUCGACAAACAGCCAGCGCUUUCAAGCGCAGUGGGAUCAGAAAGGGAGACCGGGUGGCUGCCCUAGUCGCCACGUCCAACUGGGCCAUCAUUCUCUUCCAUGCCACAGCUUCGAUUGGGGCCAUCUUCACCUGUAUCAGUCCCGAACUUGGCGUCGAAGGCUGCGUGGCCAGACUCCAGCAAGUCACUCCGAGCAUCCUCUUCGUUGAUAGCCAUGUUGUGUAUAAAGGCAAAGCUGUUCCUACAUCACAGAAACUGGAAGACAUCCUGCAGAGAUUGAAGCUACAAGCCCAGGUCUAUAUCGUGCCUGUUAUAAAGACCCAAGCCCAGUCACCUACGAUACGCGACUUUCUGGAGCGGUCAAGCUCCUCCGACGCACUUACGUUCACUCGUGUACCGUUCAACUACCCCCUUCUUAUAUGUUAUUCUUCAGGCACGACAGGCGCGCCCAAAUGUAUUGUCCAUCAACAUGGUCUACUCUUACAAGUGAAGAAGAUAUCAACGUUGCACAACGGCCUAGCACCAGGAGACGUAAUCAUGCAGUACUCGAGCACGUCCUGGGUGGUUUUCUACGUCAUGUGUGGACAUCUGUCCGCAGGCGCAACGCUGGUCGUUUAUAAUGGCAGCCCGCUAUUCCCGGACGCGAAGCAAUUACUGAGAAUCUGCGACAAGUAUCGCGUGAGUUUUCUCGGCGCAUCUCCUCGGCUGCUGCUUGAGAUCGAGAUGUCGCGGACAAUACCGACGAAGGAAUUCGACCUGUCGCCCUUAAGGAUGGUAUACACCACUGGGGCGCCGAUGUCUCUAGAACAGUAUCGCUGGUUCUAUCGCUCGUUCCCACCAGAAGUACAAAUCUCCAACACUGCCGGUGGUACAGACACGGCAACGUCUCUCCUUUCCGUGGAUCCCUGUGCGCCCGUGUACGCAGGCGAGAUGCAGAUCCCUGCGCUCGGAAUGGAUGUCGACAUCUUGGACCCCGUUACGGGUGAAUCGAUCGCACACACCGGCGAGGCGGGAGAGAUGGUGAUCCGGAAGCCUUUCCCCAGUAUGCCGUGCUUUUUCUGGGGCGACAAGGGCGGCAAGAUAUACCGUGCUGCAUAUUUCGAACGAUUCGAACACAUCGACGUCUGGGCGCAACACGACUGGCUUAGCAGAAACCCAACAACAGGAGGCUACACUAUGCACGGUCGCAGCGACGGCGUUCUGAAUCCUUCGGGCAUACGCUUUGGCAGUGGAGAAAUCUACGCCAUCGUAGAGACGCAGCCUUUCACAGACUACAUCAGCAACACUCUGUGUGUGGGGCGUCGAAGACCCAAAGACACCGACGAGCAAGUCUUUUUGUUCCUCGUGAUGAAGCCUGGGGUCGCAUUGACAGAGGAACUACGGACGCGAGUCAAGAAUGCAGUCAGGAACGGAUUGUCGCCCAGACACGUGCCCAAGUUUGUCAUUGCCGUCCCCGACAUCCCUGUGACGAUCAAUGGGAAGAAGGUAGAGAUUGCGGUCAAGAACGUGUUGAGCGGAAAAGACGUGAAGCCGAGUGCGACGGUACAAAACCCAGAGACGAUUGCCUGGUUCAAGCGGUUUAGAGAUUUAGAGUCAGAGCCUAGGGACAUCAAGAUGUAG